GUUGGUGGGGAAACUUGUGCUCCAUUCAGUCGGGGAUCUAAUAGCAGUAAGUUAACACACACUCUAACAACGACAUAGACUCCCAGUGGGCUUGAAAACAAGCCUCGACACAAUCCAGACAUUGGAAUCGAUACUUCCCGUCCGGAAGUUGAUCAUUUCCGUCCCGAGUUCCAUUAUCCUGCGGAGGAAGAAUAAAAAGGAGCAUCAAAAUGAACGGAACUGACGUGGCAGAUGUGGAGACGGAUACGGAAAUAGCUCCACUACCAGCACCCGCCCCAGCUCCAUCCUUGUUAACAGUAACUGAAUUGGACUCGAAAGUGGCCAUUCCGGCCGAGGAGCCACAUACCGAACUUGCUGUGAUUCCAGGAGUACAAGAGCCGGAUGCAGAACCGACAUCAGCCAAGGCUCCUGAUCCCGUACGACCGCCAGCUAUGACCGGAAGUGCCUUGCGGACUCGUAAGCCGCACCAUGAACCGACCGAUCCGAUGCGCGGCUUCGGAGCUUGGGAUGAUCCGGGAGUUUCAGUUUUCGCCACCGCCGCCCAGGAGCCCAUUCCCAACAUGCUGAGCUACUUGAAACCGAUGCCGGGCACAGCCUGCGACCAGGACAAGGAUACCUGCAAGUUGAAGUCGCAGAAAUCGGUGGCGGAGAACUCCCUCUUCCGGCUGAUCAAGUACCAGGUGGAGGAGCUGGCCGCCGACCGCCACACCCACAUGAAUCCCAAGCAGCGUCUGGAGCGGACCGAUGGUGUGAUUACCGCCGCCCUGGCGGAGGAGCUGCAUCGCCAACAGGUGGCGGCCAGCAGGCGCAUCCAGUUGCACAGGAACGUGAAUGACUUGCGGAGGCUCAAGGCGGAGGUGGACCAGGCGCAUACCGCCCUGGUGGUGCGACAGACCAUCCUGGAGAAUGAGCGCCAGGCUGCGGAAAUCAAGCAGAAGGAGCGAAACAAGGCGUUGGCGGAGAAGAGGCAGUUGGAGCAGGAACAGCGGGCGGAGGAGAUGAAGAAGGGUCUUAAGGCGUCCACAUUCCGACGCGACCUAAUAAUCCAGAUCACCGAGGCGCGCGAAAAGCGCCAAAAAGAUCAGCAGGCCAUGGUCGAGGAGGGGCGGCGAGAGCGGCGCGAGUUCCUGGCCAAGGUGGAGGAGGAUCGUAUCCAGGAUAUCAUCAAAUUGGCCAAGAGCCGGCGGGAGCUGAUGGAGGGCCUGCAACAGUCUGUCGCCCAGAGCAGCGCCAACCGGGAGGUCACGGCGAAGGCGUCGAAGGGCAAGCCGGAGCGUGGUAUUCUGGAUGCACUGGGUCCGGUCACCGCCACCUAUGUGGGGAUGGAGAGGAAGAGGCGUCAUGACGAGAUCGAGGCGAGGGACAUCAACGCUGCCCGUUUGGGCUUCCAGCUCAGCCAGAUCAAGCACGAGAUCGAGGCGAGAGAGCAGCUCAUCACCAACCUGCUCAUCCGCGAGUGCCAGGCCAAGGACAGCGAGCUGGCCCUGAAUCAGGCCCGCCAGAAGAUGGCCCUCAAGCGGGAGAUUCGCGACCAGCUCCUCAGCCAGCGGGACGAGCAGAAGUUCUUCCGGGACAAGGCCAUCCAGCAGAGUAUGCUGAAGCCCAAGGACCCCACUAGCUUCGGGGAGCGGCAGUACCGUAACCAAGUGGCCCAGGCGGAGAACACCCAUCGGUUGGACGUCCAGGCGUACAAGGAUCUCGCCGUCAUGAUCGAGGCGGGCAAGAAGCGUCGGGCCGAAAACGCCGAGGAGAUGCGCCAGAUGAACAAGCGGGUCUACGACCUCCAGGAUAUUCAGGACAAGCUGGUGGCCGUUGAGCGGAUGGAGAUCCUGGGAAAGCAACCGCGUGAGGUCCUCUCGGCCCUGCGCACUGCCCUGCUGACCCCGGAGGAGAUCAAAACCUUUAACCUGGCCAAGUGAAGGACUCUCCCUUGUCUCUCCUUAAGGUCUUUAGUUCCGGCCAACCUAAUUGCCAGAAAUACAUUGAACAUUGUUUGAA